AUGCCUGGGAAUAUGACCUUUAGAAACAGCUUCAGCGGGAAACUUGACGACUUCGUUGGCCCAUCUCCUCAGUCUCCUCCUUCAGAUUCGCCCUUCUCCGCGUUCCCGUCGCCUCAGGGAAGCCAGAAAGGCUUCGUGCACGGCAUCAACACGCAGGCGUCAACCAGCGAGGUCCGUUCGACCAUGCAGCGUCGUUUCACCACCGAGUCGGCAGUGCUGCCGCAGUGGAAUGGCUUCAAUCAGCAGCCAUUAAAGCAGGCCGAGCAGCUGGAUAUAUUGUCGUCGGCCACCCACCUCCACAAAUCUCAGCUUUUUGAGAAGAAACGCCAACACAUUGAGUAUAUGCGUGAACAGAAGCGUCGAUUUGAAGCAGAUUUAAAAAUUCUUGACCUUCAGCAGGAGAAGGAACGACAGGAAAUGGACCAGAUUGCCAGAGACCUUGCCCAGGUUGGUCUCAGUGGCCCUGUUAGCGAGCCAACCACUCCUCCAGAAUACUAUCGAGACAGCGGCUUCCCUACUGCUCUUUCUCGUCCAGCUCGAUUCUCUAUUUCAAACGGACAGCCGUUGUCACCAUUUGGAAGUGUUUUCUCUCCCACUUCCCAAGUGACAUCUCCCACUACCAACCAGUCUUCUAACCAGGACUUUUCCAACCGACCUGGUAUGGGAAUGGGACUACGUCGAAACUCAGAGCAGACCUAUGGAGCUGCUUUUACAGGCUUUAGAGCUGGCCAUGCCUCUCUCUUCUCUUCUAAGAAUCCUUUGGAAUCCGAAGAGGAUAAAUCCAAAAAUGAAGAUCGUGUUUCUACUCCAGAUGUAAAGAGCUAUCUUCGCAUGACGGAUCCAGAUGACAAGUUCCCUACCCUAGUUCGUAGGGACGAUAACCCAUCAGUUCUCUCAGCCAAUUCUGCAGCUGUUGACUUUGCAAACUCCCGUACUCCUGUACCUGAGAACUAUAAUGCCAAUGCUCGCCAUCACGCAGUUCACCAUAGCAUGCCACAAAACACUUUAUCCUGGUGGUCUGAUAACUCAACUGAGAACCCCCAACAAACUAAUGGAAACGGCACUGGAAAUAUCCAUUCCCUACGUCAUGUGAACCGUCUUUCCUUAGAGAGCAACCUUUCCGGCCUUGGUGCCCUUGGUUCUACUGCCCAUCAGCCAAAUCAUACAUCUGGACAUCAUAGACCAACUUCCUUGCAGUUGUCUUACUCAACCAAUGAUCUCCCCGCCGCUCACAAUGGGUUCCAAGGCGAUUCUACUGCCAGAACUCAAGCUGAAGUCACGCACAACGGCUACCAAACUCAUAGCCGGAUGCAUUCUCGUGGUGGCUCUGCAAACACCACCCCACCAACUCCCCAAUCUACCACUGACCGUGAGGAGCCUGGCCCCAGCAUCCCAACUUUCCAGUCUUCCUAUCAGCCCAAUGCCAUGUCCCAUGCUCUCAUCUUGACGUCUCCAACUACUGUUGCUCCAUCAGCGGUAAACGGGUCCGCUACCCCUACACCAAGCACCUAUGCAACACCAGUCUAUGGGUACGGCAUGCAAGCAUAUGCGCCCGCACCCUUGCAACUCAAUGGUAACUAUACCGCUGCCCAGAGUCACCCAAUGUUCGGAGCAUUUGGCAUUCCACCGGCACAGCCACCGCAGCCGAACAACUACGGUAGAUUCGCAGAAAGCCCUCGAAAUGCUACCCAAAGCCGCCGUAAUGGAGAUACUGAGAACCCAUUGAACCGCUUUGGCAAUGUACCCCUUGAGAAUUAUUCUGGCGAAAUAUAUGGAAUGUGCAAAGACCAACAUGGAUGUCGUUACCUUCAGAGAAAGCUCGAGGAGGGUGUGCCCGAGCAUGUUCAGAUCAUCUUUCGUGAAACUCAAAUGCAUGUUGUUGAGCUUAUGACCGAUCCAUUUGGAAACUACCUAUGUCAAAAGCUGCUUGAGUUCACCAAUGACGAGCAGCGUACUGGACUUAUCAACAUUGCUGCCCCUCAUCUAGUCCAGAUCGCUUUGAACCAGCAUGGAACUCGAGCUCUCCAAAAGAUGAUUGAGUUUAUUUCUACCCCUGAACAGAUCCAAACUGUCAUCCAUGCCCUUAGUGGUCAAGUAGUCGAGCUUGUUCAAGACCUUAACGGCAACCAUGUGAUCCAAAAGUGCUUGAACCGACUGUCAGCCCCAGAUGCUCAGUUUAUCUAUGAUGCAGUUGGCAAAGAAUGUGUUGCUGUCGGAACUCACCGCCACGGCUGUUGUGUUCUUCAGAGAUGCAUCGAUCAUGCCUCUGGCGAUCAGCGCGCCAAAUUAAUUGAGCAGAUUACCAAGAGCUCUUACUCGCUUGUUCAGGAUCCCUUCGGCAACUAUGUUAUCCAGUACAUCUGUAGGUUGACCUCCAGUACCUGGAUCUUGGAGAGCCUCUUUUUACCGGGCCACUUUGCGCAACUUUCCAGGGAAGCAUCCCCUGCUCUCUCCAAACAGAAGUUCAGCUCCAACGUCAUUGAGAAGUGCAUUCGUACCUCCGACUUCAAUAUGCGCAGAGCUUUUAUUAAAGAGAUGUUGUCUCCUCAUGAACUUCCGAACAUGCUUCGUGACUCCUUUGCAAACUACGUUAUCCAGACCGCUAUGGAUUUCGCCGAUCCAGAGUCUCGCAACACUCUGAUUGAAGCCGUACGCCCUUUGCUGCCCGGCAUUCGCUCGCAGCCACAUGGACGUCGCAUUGCAGGAAAGAUCAUGACUCUUGACUCCCACGCUCGAAACAAUGGUACAAAUGGAACGAAUCCUGGAGCUCCUUUGGCUCUUGAUGAAGUACGAGGUGGCUUCUCGCAGCCCUACACUCUCCCUAACAACCAGUACAACUCGCAGUUUAACUCCUCCGAGGCUACUACUAACGCUCCAUCCGCGGCCGUCUCCGAAUCUGAAUUUGUCGAGGCUCGCUCUACUCACAGCGAGAGUGGAACCACUACCAUCUUCAGCCCCGUUCCCCAGCACACCAAUAACGCCAUCAACGGUAUCAACAACAUGAACGGCAUUAAUGGCGUUAACGGCUCGAACCCUCACGGCUUCAACAUGUUCUAA